UUGAGGUGAUGCGUCUUUGUCCAUUCGCAGCCUUUGAUUCCGAUAAAAAAUUCAAUCAACGACAGCUAGGAAACCACCCUAGCAGGUAAAACCGGUCGAUGAACUGAUCCCUACAUUAAGCCGGCUACACAAUGGAGAACUUGGCCGAGCUGGACGGCAACGAAUCGACAGAACCCGUAGAGUCAGAGCCUGUGAUCGAGCCAACUGAACUGUUGGCUCCCCACCCUUCAGACGGCGAGGACGAAGUAGUAAGUUCUAGUAUGCUAGACGCGGCCCUUAGUGUGUACCCCUAUCAUUCCUUGACAGGAAGAAUGUCCCCAGGUUUCUCAUCCGGUAGUAGUUAUGCUACUCUGACCCCACUUCAGCCAUUACCUCCGAUCUCUACCAUGACUGACAAGUUUAACCAUUACAGUCAUGCGGGCGGCAGCUUUACUUUACUGCAAGGAAUGACUAUGAGCAGUUAUCAGUACGACAAAUUGGGUGGUAUGACCGUGAUGAAUAUCAGCCCCACACUAGGAGCAGCACACCCAUCACCCGUCACUAUAGGGAACACCAACGGGUUUGGUCCCCUAGCUAGUCAUGUGGGCAUUCCCUCUCCAACUUACCAGCAGAAUGGCCGCGAAUCUCCAGAAAAGGGAAUGUCUAAUAAUGGAUACGACACCUACAGUUUGCGAGACCAUACACGAAAUUUAGAAUCCCCUCAGAGUCCCUCUGUAAGUUUACAUUCCUCCACAACUCUUAUGCCAACUUUGAAUGGCUUGAAUGCUCCAGAAACUCCUCCAUCAGACCAAUUGACCGACCCGGUGACCUCACCUGAAGAGGAAGACACUAAGCCUGUGACUGUAGCGGUCUUCACCUCAACUUCUGGUGGGGGGAUAACGUUUUCACAACCUCUUGUGGCUAUUGCAACUGUAAACGUGACUAACUGCGAAGAAAGCCUAACGACGUCGGUCCCCAUCAAAACUUCGGAGGUUCCUGCUACCUCCCAUUCCAAGACCCCCAUUACAGAAGAUAUGGAGGAAAUUAACACCAAAGAGGUAGCUCAGAGAAUAAGUGCUGAACUAAAACGCUAUAGUAUCCCCCAAGCCAUCUUCGCUCAACGUGUACUGUGUCGGUCACAAGGAACUCUCUCUGACCUUCUGCGUAACCCCAAGCCUUGGAGCAAGCUGAAGUCCGGCAGGGAGACAUUCCGAAGGAUGUAUACGUGGUUGAAAGAACCGGAAUUCCAGAGAAUGUCGGCUCUUAGACUGGCAGCCUGCAAGCGAAAGGAAGAAGCUCCUCAACAGAAGAACCAUAGCCAACCCAAGAAGCCACGUCUUGUCUUUACCGACCUCCAGCGGCGGACGCUACAAGCUAUCUUCAAGGAGACCAAGCGACCUUCGAAAGAGAUGCAGAUCACCAUAGGGCAACAACUGGGGCUCGAUCUAACCACGGUGGGGAACUUCUUCAUGAACGCCAGGCGGCGCUCUCAAGACAAGUGGACGGAAGAAGAAAAACCUCAACCACAAGAUAGCGCUGGAGUCAGCAGUAUCAAUGUGUCUUGUGUGACAGUCAUCAGUAGCAGCGCCCCCUCGCCAAUGUCGCCUUCAACAAGUUCUACUUCACCAACUCUUUCAACAAUUUCAGUCGGUAAUUUAACAACAUCCUAAUUCUGCUCAUGCAUGCAGCGCCAUCUAACGUCAAGUGUUUCCAUCGUGCAAGAAGACAUUCUUUGUGAUACACCGAACAGUCUGAAUGGAGACUGGUGAUGUGAUUGGUUAUUACUUAUUACCGCCUGUUGAUUUUUGACGUAAAAAAUCAAGUACUUACCUUGUUAAGUUACAGCGUUGACGUCACAAACAAUAUUUUAUCAAAGCUCAACAGUAUAUAGUCCUCUUUGCUGCGUCUUGACAGUCGUGAAAUCAUCUGCACCACGAGGAUAGAUAUGCACUUUUGUAGCUUAGCUUUGUAGACUAAAUGGUCGUGAAGAACGGGCAAUAAUGUGUGCAUCACCAUAAUCGCACCAAUGGAUUUAAUAC